AUGCGCACGGACCGCCCCGCUGCGGUCUCCUACUGGUAAAUUCAGUAGAGUUCGUUAGAGUUUGUUCGGCGUCACAUGUGCGCACUAAAGGAAGUUACUGAAGAAAUUCAUUUUAAAACCAAUUCCGAGUGCCGUGAUUUAUUUAAGCUGUUGCAAUGUUGGACAUUUUACUGACGAUAACUUUGGGCACAGCUUCCAUUCUUUUGCUUCUUAUGCUGUCCAGCAGAAGACGGAGAGAAGGAGAGCCUCCACUGAUAAAAGGAUGGAUUCCAUUUUUGGGGAAAUCUCUGGAAUUUAAGAAAGAUUCCUUUCAGUUCUUACAACAUCUACAGAAGUAUCACGGAGAUGUCUUCACUGUACUGAUUGCAGGUAAAUACAUGACAUUUGUGAUGAACCCGCUCCUGUACCCAGCUGUCAUUAAGCAGGGGAAGCAGCUGGACUUCCAUGAGUUUUCAGAUGCAGCGGCUUCCACAACUUUUGGCUAUCCUGCUAUGUGCACUGGAAGAUUCCCUGGCUUGAGUGACAAAAUACAGAGAUCAUUUCUGCUCCUUCAGGGCUCAACUCUAAACUCUUUAACUCUGAAAAUGAUGGGAAACUUGCAGCUGGUCUUACAAAAUGUAUUCUUCUCCAGCCAUGUGAUGAAAAGAGAGUGUGAUUGGCGGGAGGAAGGCCUAUAUGAGUUCUGUGAACGUGUGAUGUUUAAGGCAACGUUUCUGACACUGUAUGGGCAACCCCCACAAAUAAACAUGGAGGUUCACUCAAACUUGGACAGUAAGAGUUGGCUAGAUGCUCUGCGGGAUAACUUUAGGAAGUUUGAUGCAAUGUUUCCUCUGUUAAUUGCCCGAAUACCCAUUGGUCUGCUGGGGAAAACUAAAUCUAUUCGGGAGCAACUAAUCAGGUUUUUUCAUCCUAAUGGAAUGGCCACAUGGACAUGUCCAUCAGAGUUUGUACAGGCACGUAAGGAUAUUUUCCAACAGUAUGACACACUGAAAGACAUGGAUAAAGCAGCACACCACUUUGCAAUCCUGUGGGCAUCAGUGGGGAACACUAUUCCGGCAUGCUUCUGGUGUCUGUACCACCUCCUCUCUAGCCCACAGGCAUUUUCAGUUGUGCGAGAUGAGAUUAUAGGCAUGUUUGGAGAAAAGGAGCCUGGGUCCAUUCUUAAGUGUGACAAACUGAAUCGAGAGCACCUAGAGAAACUCAUUUACCUUGAGAGUGCUAUUAAUGAAAGUCUCCGUCUUUCUUCUGUCUCAAUGAAUAUCCGGGUGGUUCAGGAGGAUUUCUGUCUGCGUCUGAACCCUCACUGCUCGGUUUGUUUGCGUAAAGGAGACAUUGUUGCUCUUUACCCCCAGAGCACACAUUUGGACCCUGAGAUCUACCCAAAUCCACAGCAAUACCAGUUUAACCGGUUUGUGGAAAAUGGAAAGAUAAAAACAGAAUUUUACAAAAGCAAUCUGAAGGUUCGUUACUACCACAUGCCAUUUGGAUCAGGGGCUACCAUGUGUCCUGGACGAUUCUUUGCCAUAAAUGAGCUAAAGCAAUUUUUGUGCAUUACACUGUUGAUGUGUGAUUUGCAGCUCAAUGCCGGUCAGCAGAGUGCAACAAUGAACAAAAGCCGAGCAGGUCUCGGCAUAAUGCCACCUGAAAAUCAGAUCUCCUUUAGAUAUAGAUUAAAAAUAAACAGCAUGGAGAGACAGGAUCUGUAGAAGGACUAUAUUGAAGGCAAUAAUGGUAGUGGGACACUGACCUCAUUCAUUAUUAAUUCCUACAUUUACAUAAAAAAAAUAAUAGAUGAUGGGAACGUUUAUAUAUAUAUAUAUAUAUUAUAUACAUAACAAAAAAGUGAACUGAAAAUAUGUCAUAUUGUAGGU